AUGCAUGAUGUGUAUAAGAAGUCUGGCCUCUUUGUAGCAAUUAAAGUUCAUUUAUUUCAGUGUCACCAAACACUGACUGUAGAGGAAAACUCUGAAUGCCAGUUUUAUGUCUGGGCAAUUCUAGCCUUCUUGGGUUUAGCUCUGACUAUAUCGCUUAUCUUCAACAUUUCCCACUAUGUGGAAAAGCAGCGACAAGAUAAAAUAUACACGUACUCCGAUGACUACUUUCCCAGGGAAAAUGAGUAUGACCUUGAAGACACACCAAUUUAUGGUAACUUAGAUAAUGUGGUCCCAGAACCAGUGGAUGAAAACUACUAUGAACAAAUGAAAGCCGGGCCAGAGAGAUCUGUGAACAAACUGCAAGAAGACGCCCCACCUUCACAGGAAACUGAAGCAAAGAUAUUCUAUGCCUCACUAGAUCACAGCUGUGAGGGGAAGCGCAGAAAGCCCAAGAAACAGAAAACUUAUUUGUCAGACAAGGAUGAAGAUGGGCAGGUACAUGCAAUGGAUAUCAACCUUUCUAAGACCACUUUGGCGGACAGUUUCCCACCAGAAAGCCAGGCAAUAGAGGAAAACGUUCAUGAUGAUCCCAUCAGGCUGUUUGGAUUGAUCCGUGCAAAGAAAGAAACUGUAAACUAG